AUGUUGAAGAUGGCUGGGACGCCCUUCUCGCUUGACGGGUCCUUCUUUCCGGCCUUGGCUGCGGCCAUCGAGCAGCUGCCGUUACACACAUUGCACUUGGAGAAGAACUCCAUUGGCGAGUCUGGCGCGCACGCACUGGUGAAAGGACUGCAGCACAAGUCCCUGGAAUCUGUACACAUCCAAGACAAUUGCAUCGAUGGGCCAGGCUGUGAGGCUUUGCAGCAGCUGCGGAUCAAAGAUUUGCGAUGUGAAGAUCAGCAAGACAGGUCAUUGACUAGAUGA